CUCAUCUCUGUCUGAUCAGAAGGCAGCAGCAGUCACUGGCUUUGUAAACAUACGUGCUGCGCUGCUUUGUUUCGGAACCGCCACCAUUGUGGGUCUCUCUCUAGCCAUGCCAUGGAUAUUUUGUGGCAAUAUCAGUUCAGGAUAAUUUUGCUAGGAGACUCGACCGUAGGGAAAUCAUCUUUGUUGAAGCGGUUUACAGAUGGAAUUUACAGCGAUGUAGCGGAUCCAACGGUCGGUGUUGAUUUUUAUGCCCGUUCGCUAGACAUCGAGCCAGGGAUUAAAAUCAAGCUUCAACUGUGGGACACGGCUGGACAGGAACGAUUUAGGUGAGAUGCGGACAAUAAAUGUUAUACUAGGCCUAUCUAUAUCUGUUAUCAAUAAUCUGUUGACAAGAUCAACUAAUUAAUUAUUUCCAUCAGUAUAAAUUAGCCUAUAUGGAUCAAAUAACUAAAACGCCUCAGCCCUCACACAAUCUAUUGUGGUCGGUUUACCAUUUUGGCGAAUAACAGUGGAGGAAAAUAAUCGUUUUCAUUAUCUCUAGUCAUAACCCACAGAGAAAGGAGGUCAGUCAUCGUCAGUCAUUUUUCACCCUACGACUGUAAUAACGGAGGCCGUUACUCCAGUCUCCAUCAUAAAAACAGUCAGCAAAUUGUGGCGCAUCAUCAGUUGCAUUCAUUCACUGAUGAUGGGCAACAACCUCGCCUUGAUAUCGUUUUCUGUAAUACACUAAUGAAAUAUCCCUUUUUAAUACAAUGAUAAGAAGGUUUUGAUGCCUGUCUUUGGAUGAAUGACAGUCAAAUCCGGUUAUUCUGCAAGUAUGGUUUGUUGCUGAUGAGAUGGCCUGUGAAUCAGCGAGGCAUGUCUCUCUCUGUUACAUACAUGUAGUAAUGUGUCUGUAUGUAGCCUAGUCUGCAAUGCCUAGGCAAAUACAGUAUCCAUCCAGGAGCCAGUAUAGCUUGUAGUUGAAAAAAAGAUGUAAACAACAUAUUUCAUUCUCCACUGAUGUAGUCUCAGAUACAGUUCCUCUAAGAGCAUUAGAACUGUGUUUGUAGACUCUGCUCUCAGAUCUCCCUUUCCUCUUGAAGCUGAACCUGGAUGUCUCUGACAGAAUAUUAUGGAAGAAAGACUGUUUUCCAAUAGGAGGUUCACAGUAAACACCUACAAGAGAUUCUCAGUGGCAUGAAAGAACUGUCUCUACAGGUCUGUACUGUUAGUUAUCAUUCCUUAGUUUGUAAGCCACAAGGGAUGUUUUUCCCUGGACCUGCAAGGAAUCACGGAUAUUGUUAUGCUGUUUUGGUUCAGGGUUACAAUGAGAUUCAAGUCAGCAUUGUUUAAAUUCACAUUUCACUAUGGAUCAGAGCUGAAUUGUAACAUCUCGUACUCUCCAUCUUCCAGGUCCAUCACCACUUCCUACUACCGUAACUCAGUGGGCGGGCUCCUCGUGUUCGACCUGACCAAUCACAAGACCUUCGACCACGUGAGGGAGUGGCACAAGGAAGUGAGCGAGCACAUCCUGCCGCACCACAUGGUCUACAUCCUGAUUGGCCACAAAAGCGACCUAAACAAGGACCGGAAGGUGACGCGGGACGAGGCUGAGCAGCUGGCGGCGGAGAUGGGAAUCCGCUAUGUGGAGACGUCGGCUAAGUGCAACAGCAACGUGGACCGGACCUUCGAGCUGCUCAGCAGGGACAUCUAUGAGCUGAUGAAGAUGGGGGAGAUCACCACGAGGGACGGAUGGGAUGGGGUGAAGAGCGGUCUCACCACCAGGGUCCUGUACCCGGGCGAAGAGGACAUUGAGGUGGAGCCGAGGGAGAAGAGCUGCAACUGCUGAGAGACUGACCCUCGAUCCCUGACCCCUGACCUCAUCAAUGGUCAUGUUCAUUAGGCACCAAACGGAAGAAAAUGGAUUGGAACAGAGAGGGACUACCUGGAAUUGUCCAAUAAGAAACACUAAUUUAUCUUUUCCGUUGCGAAACGUUUUAGAACGUGUUCCCUAAUAAAUACGACGCAUGUCUCCACUGUUGUUCCCCCUCUCUUAUCUCCACAAGUAUCUCACAUCAUCUCACAGUUUAGUCAGUUUCCCAUUGAAACUAAGCCACGGUCUAAAGUGAGGCCCUUGUCCUGUGACAUCAUCGUCACGCGUCCACAUGUCACCAUAUGCUUAGCGUAGCUAGCCUGCCUUUCCCCUCUGUAUUAGUUCCUACAGAGGUCAGGAUGGGGCUGUUUUCUGAUGGGAGUACAUGAUACACAUCCUGUAGUACACAUCUUGAUGUGACUAAAGCUUCUCUACGAACACUGGUGUAAAUCCUUGCAGUGGACAAGCAUCAUACAUGUACAUGCUAAGCCUACACAGUUUAGCAUCACCUGGGUAGCUUUGGGCCCAGUUAGGUAAGGCAGGCACAGAGGCUGCGUUUACACAGGCAGCCCAAUUCUGAUGUUUUGCACAAUUAUUGUUAUUUUGACCAUUGAGAAAAGGCCUUUUGCCAAUAAUUUGGCAAAAGAUCACAUUUGGGCUGCCUGUGUAAACGCAGCCAGAGACACCUGUAUGACAGCGAUCAGGCCUUGGGGUAUUCCAGUACGUAUCCUAUUCCUUCCUGGCAGCAUCCUAUUCCUUCCUGGAUGCCCUUUGCUGCCGCAGGAGUUAUUGGAUUCUUAAGCAGGCAAGGUCUUUGCUGGUGGACUAUGCAUUAUUGCGGUCUGGCAUCACUCCCAUUACGUUGUUGUGGGUUGACGUCUGUCUGGCUAAGUGUGUGUGUGUGUUUGCGUGUGUGUGUUUGCGUGUGUGUGUGUAUGUGUGUGUGCCGUUGCGCUGCCUGCAGUCCCCUGAGACUGUACAUCAUGUCUGGUAUGGUCAGUGGUAGAAAAAGUACCCAAUUGUCAUACUUGAGUACAAGUAAAGAUAUCUUCAUAGAACAUGACUCAAGUAAAAGUGAAGGUCACCCAGUAAAAUACUGCUUGAGUAAAAGUCUAAAAGUAUUUUGUUUUAAAUAUACUUAAGUAUCAAAAGUAAAUGUAAUUGCAAAAAUAUACUUAAGUAUCAAAAGUAAAAGUAAAAGUAUUCAUAAUUUCAAAUUGCUUAUAUUAAGCAAACCAGAUGGCACACUACAGCAUGCAGACAUCAUUGACAAACAAAGAAUGUGUGUUUAGUGAGUCCUCCAGAUCAGAGGCAGUAGGGAUGACCAGGGAUGUUCUCUUGAGAAGUGUGUGAAUUGGACCAUUUUCCUGUCCUGCUAAGCAUUCAAAAUGUACUUUUGGGUGUCAGGGAAAAUGUAUGGAGUAAAAAGUACAUUAUUUUCUUUAGGAAUGUAGUAAAGUAAAAGUAGUCAAAAAUAUAAAUAGUAAAGUAAAGUACAGAUACCCCAAAAAACGACUUAAGUAGUACUUUAAAGUAUUUUUACUUAAGUAUUUUAAACCACUGGGCAUGGUUAGCUCUGGUGUUAAAAGUUCAUUGAUAAUAGGCAAGGAGAAUAAACUGUACUCUAUAUGUGUCACCACCACCACCCCUCCCCUGCUAAUAUGGUCCUGUAGACUACUUAUCUAUGUAAUUGCACAUAAGCCAAAUCAAGUUAAUGUUGCUUCAUGUUGUGGACUUCCUACUUCAGAGCAGAUGAGUAAUGUUUUCUAUUUUAAUUUGUUUUACAUCAUUUGUAGAACAUUGCUGAAGCCACAAACCCUUUUAAUGGUAGCCACUUGAUGAUUAGUAGAUUCUUUGAAUCAGCUGUGUAGUGCUAGGGUAAAAAAACAAAACGUGUACUCCUUGGGGUCCCGAGGACCGCGUUUUGGAAAUGCUGUGUUAUUACAUUAUCUGGUUGAGAACAUGACAUUUCGGCCCUAAUGGCCUCCAUGCUCCAUCAGAAUGGUUCCAAUAUCAAGACAGCCAGAAUCUUGCCUUGCUGUGCCUAUAGGCCCUUUCUGCCUGCAGAUAGGCACAGGAAGAUAACUCUCUAGUUUCCCUAGACUACUAUCUCCAUACUGCAAACCCCAGUGCAGAUAACAGUUGCCCUGAGACUGAGACUUGGCUGUAGACUGGUGUUACCAUGGCUCAGGGUCUAGAUAACAGCUCACUUUGCCUGGUCCCUCCUCCCUCCCAUCCUCCUUCCCCUCAGCUUACCUUGUCCACCUCUCACCAGCACCACACCCUGCACACACUGUAG